CGAACAUUCAACCCAUCGUACACCCAUCUCUCAUUCUCUCUUCCCUCGAGUCACUCCUCUCGUGGUUAAUCUCAAAUCCAAUAACAUGUUUACGAAGCUUCUACUCUUUUGCCUCUCAUUGGCGCUCUUUGCUUUCCCAGUGGCGCUUGCAAAUGAACACGCCAAAUGCUACUGUGUUAUAAACGACCGAUCUCACAAAUGUCUUACGGAAAAGGCCUGCGAUGUUUACAGAACGUCGCAAAAGAUCUUUGAGAAUGAUAACCCGCAAAAUGUCAAUACCACAAUGCUGUGGCACGUCUGCGCAACUAUUGCUCCCAAGGAUGGUGGCCGGACACGGUAUGUUUCUGGCUUCGGCGGCAACGAGUUCAAGGACUCUUGCGUUCAGGCUCAGAACUCCGGUGUAUGUGCCGAUGCCAGUGGUACUAUUGGAUCAAAGUGCGAUUAAGUUUGGAAUUCAUCAUGAUACCAAGUGAAAGGGGACCGUGCAAGCAUGAAGGAGAGAAUAUGAUACCAUCAGCGUCGACCGAAAUAUUGGAAUGAAUUUCGCCAGCCAGGUUCUAUUGAAGAAUUGACUCGGAAAGGGACACGACUGAGAGACGAGUCUUAGACUCAAUUUCACGGCCUGAGAUAAGCAGGCGUUUUUGCAAAAGUCUUUGAUAGGCUUCUUUUAAUGCUAAAUGUUUACACCUCACCGAAUUUCCGCGCUCCCGGAUGCCAGGGAUGACGAUUAAGUCACAGGAGCAUUCUGAUGUUCUUGCUAUCCAAGUGAAGGUCAGUUGAGCUGGGUCAAUUUCCCCGGGCCAACGCUCAAACAUUGCUGUCGGAAAUUUUCGCACAGAUACGCAGAUACAGCAGAUUACCCAGAGGCCUCCCAGU